CUCAAAUCAAUUAGUCAUGGACGAUCUGAGCCAGUUCGAGUUGGUAUAGUGCAACAAACAACAACAGUAUUUAUAAUUAAUUCUCUUCGUAAUUUUAAUUUAACGUUGAAACCGAAUUCUCGGGCAUAUCCCCAACUGCGCUCCCACAAAAGCGGAUCAUUUCACUAUUUCGCCGUGUGUGUGCACUCACGUAUCAGCAAUAUAAUUAUUUGUAUGUACGAAACGGAUAAUGAUUUUGGUGGUUUUGACUUUCUUGUGGUUAGCAGUGUGUUAUUAUUUUUGUCGAACGAGAUCUCCACCCAGCCAGAAGGAAAAUAAGGAUGAACUCUCUGAAAAAUCCUUAUUGGCGUCGAAGAAAGACGAGCUGGAUGCGGCGUCUAGGCAUUGGAAGUCGAGAGUGGAGAAAUCCGAUGCAGAAAAAUUCUCCGUCGCUGGAAAGAUGGGAGAGAAAAUUAAACAAACAAUUCCUACGAUUAAUAUACCAGCGGCCACAGAUAGCAACAAGAGGACUCCGCAGGCGAAGAGGUUUAAACUGAAGGAUGGACCCGAUUCAACACCCACAUCUCCAGAAAAGAAUAGCAACUUUGAUCUCACUAGAAGUAAAUCUCUUUCAUAUUCAGCAAGUUUAAUAUCCAAAACAGAAACAGAAACCAGCAAACAUGUAACUAAAUCAGUGUCCGUACUUAAACCAGACGACGAUACCACCUUCAAAUCGUUCUUCAAGAGUUUUGAGCAUUUUGACAACAAAGAGCAAUUGGACGUGUCUCUGGAAGACUUCGAUGCCAUAAAAAGACAACCGUUGUUGGUGAUUAAGAAGAACGUGCAGGUCCAGAGGAGGAGAGGCGCUUCCAAAAAUCCCAUAAAAGUUCUUGCCGCCAGAUCGGACAUCUCGGAUGAGUAUACCGAAGUCAUUACUGGAGUUGCGGAGAGAGAGAAAAAGAGACUUAAUAUUGAGAAAUUGGCCAAAAAUUCUAAUAAAGCCUUAGAAGCCUUGGCCGGUUUGGCAAGUACCGAAAACUUCAAAUCCGUCGCCUUGAAAAAAUCAACAAAUCCAAUCGGUUAUCAACCUUGGAAAGACGUUAUGCUUAUGCAAGUUAAAGGUCGAAGGCACAUCCAAACAAGGCUAGUGGAACCAAACGCCAGAAGUAUUAACGAGGGUGACAACUACAUCUUAGUAACUUCGAAAGCUCUUUACACCUACUCGGGUGCCUACUCAAAUGUGAUAGAACAAUCCAGGACUUCCGAUAUAGUCAACCAUAUCCAAAAGACGGGAGACAUGGGAUGUAAAGUCAGCAGGGUACACAGUAUUAGCAGUAAAGAUAAAUCUAAAUACGCUAUGGAAUUUUGGAAGAUUUUGGGAGCGGACAGUAUACCGGAUACUGUAGGAGCUGGACAUCCAGACGAAGACGAAACCUAUGAGUCAAAUAUACUUCACACCAACAUGAUAUAUACCUUGGAAAACGACGAAUUGGUACCAUACGAUAAAUAUUGGGGAACCAUACCAAAAGUUGAAAUGUUGAAAGAUACUAAUAUCAUAGUUUUUGAUUUUGGUUCGGAAAUGUACGUAUGGAGUGGAAAAAAUGCCGUCUUGGACAGAAAAAAUCUGGCUCUUAAACUCGCUAAAGAAAUGUGGUUUGAGGGCUAUAACUAUUCUGACUGCAAUAUUUGUCCAUUAAAUAUUGCUUCCAUAUUAGGCGCUAGAUCACAAGAGUCGUUACCUCUUAAAGCCGACAAAAGACCCGAAUGGUCUCUCUUUGCCAAAAUAACACAGCAUCGCGAAACUGUUCUUUUUAGAGAGAAGUUCCUAGACUGGCCAGAUUUUUCUAGGGUAAUUAGAGUAAGGAGCGACGAAAAUAUCAAAGAAGUGAGCGCUUCUAUUGACAUUAAAUCAUGCGACGUUAUCGAGAUGAUUACAGAAAAAGAUAAAGAACCAGAUUUAAUUGUUGAAAAAAAUACGCAUUUAGGCCGUGGAGACUCAUAUUUUGACGAAGAAUCCAGUCGACUUUUUGAGUAUGAAUCUCUAAAGAUUAAAGGUUGGCGAAUUUUGGAAAACAGCUACGAAGAGCUACCCGAAAAGUCUUUGGGUCAGUUUUAUGACGGCGACAGUUACAUCUUUAGAUGGGAUUUUAGGCAAACUGUUAAGGGAAGAAGGUUAGGCGGAGACCCAUCUAAACACUUAGCUGUAGGGAGGGACCGGUGUAUUUUCUUCUGCUGGCAGGGAAGCAACUCUUCAACGAAUGAGAAAGGCACUGCGGCUUUCCUCACAGUGGAAUUGGACAAGCAGAACGCGCCUCAAAUCAGGGUCGAUCAGGGAUCAGAACCAGCAGCAUUUUUGAGACUCUUUAACGGAAGUAUGAUUAUAAAUAGAGGCAAACGAGAUGGAACUGAAGCAUCGGGCAGGCCAAGAUUGUAUAUACUGAGAGGGGAAAAAGUUAACGAAAUUUACCUGAUGGAAGUUCCUUUAGCAAUGAGUUCCUUGCGAAGUAGAUCUUCGUUUGUUAUCGUUGACGUCGAAGGCGAACAGGUUAUAAUUUGGAAUGGUAUUAAAUCAACCGAUCAAAAAAGGCUUGUGGCCAAAACGGCCGUUGAAAACUUAAUGAAAAAUAAACCCUCCGAACUAAACUUGGACCAAUUCGAUGAGGAUUUAGACAUAAUUGAACUAACAGAAGGUUCUGAAUCAGAAGAUUUCUUCAGCAUAAUCGGCGCUGAAGAUAGAAAUAGCUACUACUCACUACAGAACAACGAAGAAUCCUUCGAUCAUACCAUGAGGCUUUUCAGGAUGACCAGCAUUACCGGCGAUUUCGUUGCCAGUGAAGUAUUGUGUCCGCAUAGAAGUGAACAUUCUAGUCCGUACCCGUUUGUGCAAUCCGAAUUAUAUUCUUCUAGUCAACCAGCUCUAUUUUUGAUCGAUAACCACCACGAACUGUGGUUAUGGCAAGGGUAUUGGCCCGAGAAAGACGACGACAACGAUUCAGAUUUAAGCGACCAGACCGGAUCAGGAGCUGUUCGAUGGCAAGCUGAAAGGAAAGCAGCGAUGCAGACAGCAAUAGACUAUUGGAAACAGACUAACGGUGAUAAACCGAUGAUUGGAUAUUUAGUGUGGGCCGGUUUGGAGCCAUUGCAGUUUAAAAAUAUGUUUCCUGCUUGGGAGGAUAGGCCUGAUGUCAUGGAACUUAACAAAAAGGAAGGUAAAACUGAAGGCGAAAUAUUAUCCAUCGAAAAAGAAUUAGCUCUGUUGUCUCGAACGACUUAUCCUUUAACGGAGCUUCUUCAGAGGCCUUUACCCGAAGGCGUCGAUCCCACGAAUAUUGAAAAAUAUUUGUCAGCCGAAGAUUUCCAAGAAUUACUCGCCAUGACCAAAGAGGAAUUCGAAAAGCUUCCCCCUUGGAGGAAGACCGCUCUGAAGAAAGAAAAAGGACUUUUUUGACCGUUGUUUACGUUUUUCGUCGAAUGUCUUAUGAGUGGAUGCUUUGAUUAUUCAAAGCCCAAUGAUUUUAUUUAAUGUUGUGAUUUUGUUCUGUUAUAUUAUGUACUACAAGAAGUGUUGGAAAGCCAAAGUGUGACGUUAGUGGUAUUAUUGCAUUCACAUUUCAAAUAAAGCACCAGACCUUUUAAAAUAUAUAGUGGGGCAACUCAUCCCUUUACAGUUUGUUUUUUCUAAAUUUCUUGUAGUUACUGUAGUGGUGAUAUAUUUUGUCUUUUUUUAUUUUUAAAACAUAUCAAAUUUUAGUGGCUUCAAAAACUUUUAACCAAAUUGCAAAGUGUCUGCCAUAUUUUUGUAAAACUUAAUAUUCUAAAUUUGAUAUAAUCACGUCAUUAUAUUGAUACAAAUGAUGACGUUGCAUAAUAAACAUUUCUAGGUUAUUGUAACUUUAUGACUGGUUUGUCAAAGACUUGUUAUUUCCACAUUUACCUAAUGAAGUGGUAACUUUAACAACUUUAAACAUUCUUAACAAGUAUUUUGGACUUCACAAUAAAAAUAAUUUUUAUUUAUACUGUUUAUGUAUUAUUUAACCUAGUUUUGGAAAAUAUCUGCUCUUUUUUUCACUGUUCGAACCACUCCGGCAAUGCAUUUUUCUAUUAAAAGAAGUUCUCAUGUUGAUCUGAUCAAUACUCAAACAAAGUGUCACAACCAUGUAAUACAUGCUGUGUAAAGGCCCUGAAACCAACGUUGCAUAGUAGAAUCUAGAUAGAUGGAUCGUUUGGCAUGAAAGAUUUUUCCACGCUGUAAUCUGAAAUAUUGAGACUUUCAGAGUCUUUAACGCCUG